AUGUUCUUCCUGGGUAUUUGGCGAGUGUGUGUGGCACCAACACACCCACUUGCUGGACGACUGUACGACUCAAAGUUACCCCUUACCAAGAGAUACUCCGUGCCGUAUGUGGAUCUGUACCAGAUGAAAAAAGGUAACCAUGGUUUUUGGGAUAUUCAGGAACUCGUGGGCAUCAAUGGACGCUUUCUUCCAGCAGAUAGAGUAGAGCCUUUUUCUCAAAUCACGGUCAACGGAAUGCCAUUCGAUACGGUGCGUGACCCCCACUUCUUCUUGAAAGAAGCAUACGGGCCGGACUACAUGACGCCGAUACCACGGAAGGCGUAGAAAACACCAAUAGAGCGCUAGAUAUGUAAUAUACAUUGUUUUUAAACAGGG